AUGGAUUGGAAGCAACCAACCACAGUAACUGAGAUAAGGAGUUUUCUGGGCUUAGCUGGCUAUUACCGAAGGUUCAUCAAAGGCUUUUCGCAAUUAGCUUUGCCGUUGACAAAGUUAACCCGCAAAGACACUCCGUUUGUUUGGACUCCCGAGUGCGAGGAGAACUUUCAGGCAUUGAAGAAAAAGUUGACCACUGCACCUGUGUUGGUGUUACCUGAACCGAACAAACCAUUUGAGGUCGCAGAAGAAAUGCUUAUGCACAAGCUCUAUGAAGUUAUGUCAGCUCAUGGUCUAACUAAAAAGAGUGAUGACAAUUCCAAUACUGUUGAUAAUGUUGGAGCUUUAACUGAAAAUAACAAUAACAAAGCUGUUGCACACCCCAGCAGUAUAGAAACUCGUGGGCAACAAAGGGAAAUCACUCCUUUUCGAUACACUUAUAGGAGGAGAUAA